UUGAAUGUGUUGUAUACGUCAACUGGCGGUCAACCGAAAUGGGACAAAAUAGGAUGAAUGUCAUUUUUCUUCAAUCUGGGAAGCCGUGAUAUUUAGUGAGGUGAAAGGUAAAACGGUCUCGUUUAAUUUCGAGAUUCUUGCUUGAAUGGGAGAGUUGUUUGCAGGCUGCUCAGGCUAACCGGAUACCUUCGCUGUAUGUCUGCUUGCAGCGCGCUGUGAUGGUCAUGGUGUUAAUGAUGGAAUCGCAAUGCGAGUACUUUAUGUAUUUCCCGGCCGUCCCCAUCUCAGACCUGUCGGACCCGGCCAAAUACCGCACGCUCCCGCGUCGCAGUCACCUUUAUCUCGGGGAAACCGUGCGCUUUCUGCUGGUUUUGCGCUCUCAGAGCGUCGCGUCGGUGUCGGGAUCUGACGGCAGCGGCUCGGAUCAUCACAGCAGUCGCUCUUGGAGGGAGCUGGCUGGCUCUCUCUGCGCCGUGGCCAGCGUUAGCCCCGGCGACAACCGGCAGCGGACACAGCCUCUGUAUCACGACUACCACAGCAGCGGGGACGAGUGUGUGGAGGAUACGGACGAUGGUGAUGCUGCGGAGGUGGGCUGCGCAGGUCGAGGGGGCCCGAGGUACCGGGGCUUCAGGGAGUGCAAGCCGCUCCUCAUUCACAACAACCCCGGCAACGGCGUGAGGGAAUUCCGCAAGGCUCCUGUACAGUCUCCUGUGGAUGAGCCAGUUGUUUUAAGCGAUGAGGUCAUCUUCCCCCUGACAGUGUCCCUGGAUAAGCUUCCUGUCAACACUCUCAAAGUGAAGACGCCCUGUUUAUGUAUGUUUGAACAUUUGAUUGUUUCAGUGUUAAAUGGGAGUUCUCAAGAGGAAGUGUGUGUGCGUGAUGUCAAAAUCCUUCCCAACUUCAAUGCUUCAUACUUACCAAUGAUGCCAGAUGGCUCAGUGCUGCUGGUGGACAACGUUUGUCAUCAGUCAGGAGAAGUUGCCAUGGCAUCAUUUUACAGAAUGGACAGUGAGUCCAGUCACCUUCCCAGCAUGCUCAGUGCUCUAGAGGAGCAGAACUUUCUCUUCCAGCUGCAGCUCAAUAAUCAGCCACAAGAUGAUUCAAAUGAGGGACUAGAGGUGCCAUUAGUUGCAGUCUUACAGUGGUCCACUUCUAAAUUGCCCUUCACCAACUCUAUCUACACUCACUAUAGUCUCCCUAGUGUGAGACUGGACCGUCCGCGCUUCAUUAUGACUGCCAGCUGCCCCAGUGCUGUCAAGGCUCGUGAGCAUUUCCGGGUGCGAUAUACCCUUCUGAACAACUUGCAGGACUUCCUGGCAGUCCGACUAGUCUGGACGCCUGAAGGUCGUGGACAGAAAGAGGAUCCUGCAGUGAAUGCAGUGGUGUGUCAUUCUCCUUUCAGUAACCUGGGUUACUGUCGAAAAGGCAGUACACUUUCCGUCAGUGUGGCUUUCCAGAUACUCCGAGCAGGUCUUUUUGAGUUGAGUCAGCACAUGAAACUGAAGCUACAGUUCACAGCGUCCGUGUCCAACCCUCCCCCUGAUGCUCGUCCUUUGUCCCGCAAGAACAGUCCGUCGAGUCCAGCGGUCAUAUAA